AUGCAGUAUUUUACACGCUUUCUUGGCCUUACUUUAGCGGCAGCCCCGUUCUUCGCUCAAGCUGCACCCCUCUCAACAAGAUCUACUGAACAUUCAAUUACCGAGAAAUACAUUGUUCAGUUGAUACCAGGCGUCGAAAUUGCAUCAGUUACCGCUCAUCAUGAGCAGGUUCGAAGCAUCAAAGCUCGUAACUUGGGCCGCAGGGACGGGUCUGAUGAAGCUGCUGGCAUCAACGAGUUUGAUCUUGGUGACUUCAAAGGCUACUCUGGAUUAUUUGAUUCGGCAACUAUUGCUGAGUUGAAGACUCUGCCUCAGGUCUUGCUUGUGGAAAAGGAUUUUGAGAUGCAUACCACUCUCUCUCAGCAGCAAAACGCACCUUGGGACCUGGCCAGCCUCUCAUCCAGGACAAGAGGAGCAACGGACUACUUUUAUGAUUCGACCGCAGGCUUAGGCACAUACUCGUACGUGAUCGAUAGCGGAAUAAGGACAACGCACGUUGAGUUUGAAGGCAGAGCAUCUUGGGGCUACAACGCAGUCGAUACUAUCAACACUGAUAGCCUUGGUCAUGGCACCUAUGUUGCAGGCAUCAUCGGGUCCCGGACCUACGGCGUCGCCAAAAAAACGAAUCUUAUUGCUGUAAAAGUGGUCAAGGGAGAUGGAGUAGUCAAUUUCUCAUACUUCCUGGACGGUCUCAACUGGGCUCUACGCGACAUCGUUGCUCAGAACCGUCGACCCACAGCUGUGAUAAACAUUUCACUUGGGGGGCCAGCCUCGUCGGCAUUGGAUAAUGCUGUAGCCUCGGUGUCGAACCAAGGCGUGCUUAUCGUUGUAGCGGCAGGCAAUGACAACGCGCCCGCAGAUUAUUAUUCUCCGGCACGUGCUCCUACGGCGCUGUGUGUUGGUAGCGUCGAUGCUAAUGAUGCUCGAUCCCCAUGGUCGAAUUACGGGUCCGCUGUCGAUAUCUGGGCUCCUGGUAGCAGCAUUAUAACGACUUCGCACACGUCUGACACGGCCAUUGUCACCCAGAGCGGCACUUCGAUGGCCGCGCCUUUGGUUGCUGGGCUGGUAUCGUAUCUGCGUGCUCUUGAGGGCCCGUCGAUUGGCCAGGCUGCUAGGGCAAGGGUCCUCGCGCUGGCUACGACUGGGCGACUUACUGAUACGCUAGGUGGACCCAAUCUUCUAGCAUACAAUGGCAGUGGCCGCUGACGAGACGAGGGAUAGAUUCUGACUGGCAGAAUUUCGUCGAGUAUAUUGGUCGUGAUUUCAUAGCUUUCGAAUGAUUUUCUCCUUCUUUUGCCUAUCAUGUUCGUUCCGCGGUCGUCUCGGCAUAUGGCAAAACUGGUGGUAUUUGCACCAAGGUCAGUUCCAUGGUAAGC